AUGGACAAGCAGAGCUUUUCCAAGCUUGUAGAUGAGUCUCUGCACACGUUGAGGAGAAAGCUCUUAGAUGCCUUUCCAGAGGAGGAGAACGGACAAAGUCUUUGUGGCUCUGCACGUGGAAGUCCUAAGACUUUUGAGCUUCGAGGUGAGAAGGGCGAGAAGAGCUCCAAGAGUUCCUCUCAAAGGAUUGGAAGUCAAUCUCCAGAAGCCUCUCAGGUCGUUCCCACCACUUCUGAUGCGAGCCCUGUGAUGCUUGAUGUGGAGAUGCCGGAGACACCUGUUCAUUCGAAUCCCGACUUGGUGCCAGCUUUCAAGGGGAGCGAAGAGGAGGCUCGGGCGAUCCGCGGCCGUUUGCGCCUGCGACUGGGAGCGUUGAAUGAUUCCUUGGUCUCGGGGAAGGCCUUGUUCGAUGCCUGUGUGUCUUUGGGACUCACACGCUUCACGAUUGAGGACAUGAAUCUGUUUGUGAAUCUCUUGGCAAACUACAUUGAACUGGAAUUUGAGCGGGAAGAAGGUCAAGAAAAACCGAAGAGGCACAGUGUGAAUAGUGCCAACAUGUUCUUUUUCAAGAACCACCAAGAUGUGAAUAUCACUGGGAAGCCUGUGUGGAGAUGGCCCAAUGUGCAAUCGGCGAGUCGGACCUCAAUUGCGCGGAGUGCCUCAAUGCAGAUGCAGUCAUACAACUUGACAGAGCCUACCCUCGAGCGGAAAUUCAAUGUAGUUCCGGCUGCGCCAUUGAUGGAAGUCUUCUUAGCCAAGGAAAGUGAGACACACAGGAAGAUCUUUGGGCAGAGACACAUGAAGCAGUUUCAGGCCAUGAAAGAGAUCCUUCUGGCAGGGGACACAAACCGCCUUGUGGCUGAGCUGACAUUUGUUCGCAUCAAUGAUCUGGCCGCCCCACCAGAUGAAAAGAGCUGGGGAUUGCUUUUGGAACCCUUGGUGGCCUUAAUCAUCAUUUCAAACGGUGUGAUGGUGGGCUUCCAGUCAGAUGAAGAACAUUCAACAUGGCCUGGCUUGGACUAUUUGGAAGUGGGGCGUGAAGAAAGUGGAGACGUGUUUGCUACCUCGCUCUUGCGGUUUUGCCGCUUGAUUCGAUUGGUCCGUAUUGUCAAAGUUUUCCGGCUGAAGAUCAUGAAGGAUCUUCGUCUGAUGGUGAAAGGCCUCGUUGCAGGUAUCAAAACGCUCAUCAUGGCAUUUAUACUCUUGUUUACGGUGCUUUACGUCAUUGCGGGCUUUGCCACGAUGACCAUCGGAAACAGCCAGGAAGUCUACGAUGCCGAUUUGAAACCGUUCUUUCGGACCAUACCGGACUCCAUGUUCACUUGCUUCCGGUGCUUUACCGGCGAAUGUGUGAACCAGGCAGGUGCCCCAAUACAUGCAAUUUUGGCGGACAAAAUUGGUUUUGGUUUUGUCUUCGGGUACGUUGCGAGCUUUAUGCUGGUGAGUUUGGGCAUUUUCAACGUCAUUCUGGCCGUUUACGUUGACAUCACAAUGAAAGCGGCAAAGGAGAAUGACCUCACGGUUGAGCAACACUCUCGGGAGUCAAUACGCAUCGCGCGAAUAGCGCGGGAACUUUUGAAAAAAUUUGCUGCAGCUUUUAGACUAUUCCAGGAUAUGGAUGAAGGCGUUGAAAGAGGCAAGGGCCUAAAGAUAGCGCACUCCCACAAUUUCAUGGAUGGUGAUAUGCUUGAAAGCAUCGCAAUCACAAAGGAACUUUUCUUGAUGGUUAUUCAAGAUCGUCGAGUUCAAGGGCUCAUGGACGAAUUGGAACUCCCACCAGACCGUGCCAAUCUGUUUGAAAUUAUCGACGCAGACGGCUCCGGCACGCUGCAGCUUUCAGAACUUGCGCCGAGCUCAAACCAUUCUGAGAGUGUUAUUUUGCGAAAUUAA